CGACAUUAUCAAAAAAGAAGAUGAACACUGAAACACAGGAGUGUAAAUGUUUAAUAAUUACGAAGAUAAUACAUAAAUCAAUCAUUCAUCCGUAAAUCCUUAUAUUCGUUGCGCGUCGACUUCCAGUAUCAGUCUUUUAAAACAUUCUCACGAGUACAGUAGUGAUACGGUUACGAUUGGACCGCGCACUGUCCUAACAUAACAUCGCUUUUUCUACAUCGCUUUAAGCCAAACAGUUUCGUCUAUCUCUAAACAGCACCUACAGACCGGAAAAAGGACAACCUAGUCGUCUAAUCAUGGUUGUGGGAGGUGGACUGUAUGAAUCAAUCAAAUCAGCUACAAAAACGUUGCUGUUUUUUCUGUUGUUCUGUACACUCCUACCAACUCUUGUUAUCAGCUAUGCAACCGUUUCGACAAUUCGUAAACUAUGGAUCGCAUUUCUGGCGAACCGAUACCCAUACCUGAAGUUUGCACGCACGAACAAUAUCCGGAGUUUGGUGGACACUUCCAGGAAUCCAGGAGUAUUUCACAUAUUGUUGCAACUAGAAGGCAACUGUAACAUCGAUGCCAUCAAAGCAAAGUUUGGCGAACACGUCCUAACUCGUCGUGAUUCUUAUGGACGAUUGUGUUUCUCAAGACUGAAGUUCCCUCUGAUUUCCUGUUGGGGACAAUAUGCAUUUGUGAAGAAAACAAAAGAUUUCAACAUAGACAACCAUAUUAUUCUCACGCCACCCCUACACCGAGGACGUCCCUUAACUGAAUCAAACCUGCAAGACUGCGUGAGCGAUAUAAUAUCAAAAUAUAUGCCACCGGAAAUUCCACCAUGGCAAAUUUUCUGCAUUCCGAUGACGUACGGUGCGACGGCUAGCGGUUCGGCGGAAUGCGAUGCCAGUGCUCCCUACUAUUAUAUGUUGUACCGAAUUCAUCAUCUUCUUUUAGAAGAGCAACAAAAACUAAGAAUCUCCGACUUGCUGUUGAUAGACAGCAAAAUCGAACACGACAAGCAAAUCUCAGACUGCGAUUCAAUAUUCGCCAACUUGCUGGAGCGUCCGGUCUAUCUCCCGCGAAUAUGGAACGAUAUCGGAGCCAUGGUCAGCAACAAAUGGAACGAAUUUAUCUACCAACAUGAUCCUCUGGAAUCUCCUGAUAUUGAAAAGAAGCACAUUGCCGGAAUACAACAGCUCGUUUCGGUGCUCUUGAUCGGAGUGGUCACCAUAGUGUCAGAUUUUUCCAAAGGUUUCUCGAAGGUGUCGGGUAACCCGUUGAUGAAAAUAGACUACCUCAAAUCACUGAUUGAUCGCGAAAUUCAACGAAGAAAUCUAAACCUUCGCACCAUUUGGAACGCCAUCAUGAUAUCCGUCGAUCCGAUAAAUGUCAUAAAGGAGUUGGUUUUCAUAUUUUGGAAAGUUGGAGCCACCAUAACACUAAUGUUACCGUGGUACGUAUUUCAGGAGAUGGAAGCCAUCCGAAUUUACAUUUUGAUGAAAAAAAUCAAACGGAACACGUUGGUCGGGUUCAUGCUGGAAUAUUUACCGGUUUGCUUCGGAGCAUUUGUGGAGUAUUGGAAGGGAGUGAAACUUUUCUUUUCCGCGCCGAAGUUGGUGUUCGAAGAGCUGUUCGAGCAGAAGCCGGAUACUGAACACUACUUGCAGAAUGUGUCUCUAUGCGGUAGGAAAGUUGUAUCCUGGUCGGAGAAAAUUCAAUCUUCGGAACUUCAGGCAAAUCGUUUGGAAGAAACUGCCACACAUUCGAAAAUAGGUGUCCUGCGGAGUGUACCACGAAGUAAACCACCGAGCGACAUUGAAGUAUUGCUCGCAAUCAUGUCUAAAUCGCUCAAAGCACUUUGUCAGGAAGGGGAUGGUAAAGUACCCUCCACAAUCCAGAUCAGUGGACGCUGCAUGUUGGAGGACUAUCUAUUCGGAAUGACCAAUUACCAGACUGGAAACAGUGGAUUUGUUUCGCUCAAUCUUCCUAUAGCCGUUGAUGAUAACAACCAACUGUUGCAAACGAUUCGAUCGUCCAUUUCCAAAAUACGACGACAACAAGUAAUGCUCAAUUUCUUAACGAUAGCACAGCUCAGACAUGACUUCCUGACGGACGGGAUGCCACUGGUCCUCAUGAAGCUGCUUAUGAACUUUCUAUCCCGACGAUUUGCCGUUACGGUGACGGAGGUGAUAGAGAAUCGAAACGUUGGACAAUAUAAGAAUCUACUCGAGCACCCGAUCAGAGACAUCAUCUACUUCAGACCACCACAGUCGAAUACAAGCGUAUCGAUCACCGUACAGAAAUUCAACGACGAGAUUCGCUUCGCUUGCAUGACGGACUCGCAGAUCAACCCAAAACAUCUAGCGUUAACGACUGGCUUUCGGAAGCAUCUAGAAGACUUUCAGCAGUGCUGAUUUCUAUGUGUGAAUCGAUUUCCUUAAACCAACAUAUAUUUGAACGAAUAAAAAGUGUAUAAAUUAA